AUCCCCCUGUAUAAAAAAAAACCUAAAAAAGAACUAAAACUUUUGGAUUGACAAUCCAUGCUCUGAUUAAAACUAAGCAAUACCAAGAAAGACCAAAGAUGACCAAUCCAUGUUUGCUUAACCGUCAACAUUAAUUUCCCCCUUUAUUUUAGAAUGUCCACUUUCUAUUUUUAUUUGAAGAGCUUAAACUAUAGAUCAUUUAGAAGAUUAGCCUUUAUCAGGUUUUGUGGAGAGAGAGAGAGAGAGAGCAUCCACCUAUUAUAGGAGAUUGAAUUGCAGUCCUCUCAUUCUAAAGCUCAUGGUGAAAAAAAGAAAAAGAAAAAAGGAAUGAGCUAAAAGAAGUGAAUCCCAUUCAUAGCCAAAAAAUCCGCAAACCAAGCUAAUGGUCUUUCAAAAGCUCUCAUUCCUUAAUUUUCUUCUCUUUUAGUUUCUCCCACCCUGCAAACAAUUCAGAAACAACGAUGGAGCCAAAGUACUAUACUCAAUCACCUCUCAUCAUCUUAUUUUUCUUCCUCUUUUGCUUCAACUUUGCACAAGCCGUUUGCAAGCCUCGGAAUUUGUACUUGAGGUACCUAACUAUUCCCUCUCCAUCACCAAAUUCUCCUUCAAACUCGCAGCCGGCUAUGCCCCCUACAAAGCCACAGCCGGGUCAAUUCUUCCCUUCAUGGCGCCCAACAGGUCCUCCACCAAGCCGUACUGCAUCAGCCCCAAACCCUUCUUCACAGCCUCCAGAAAAACCACCUCCUGCUAGCAAUUCUAUUUCUCCUUCACCUUCCUCCACAUCCUCUCUUCGCCGCCCUUCUGAUAAUCCCAAAGACAGCCCACGCAGCAACCUCUUUCCACAGUCUAUAUAUCCCAAAUCAGCUUCAUCAUUUGUCCCACCUAACCCAGCAAUCCAACAAAUAUGCAAAAACACUGACUACCCUGAUAUUUGCGUCUCAUCUGUGGCCCCUUUCCUACCAUUAGCAUCCAAGCUGGACCCUAUAGGUGUGCUUGAGAUGACAAUCAAGGCAGCCAGGACGCAUGCCAAGUUGUCGCUAGCCGCGGCCUCAAAACUUGUGCUGAUGGCUAACAUUGCCCGUGGCACAGCCGCUGCGCUCAGCGAUUGCAAGGACAUGUACGGUGAUGCCUUGGAUGGCCUUCAGAGUGCAAUGGAUGCAAUCCAGAGCCGGGACAUUGGCACGAUCAAUAGCAUGCUCAGCGGGGUGGUGACAGAUGCUGUGACAUGCGGGGAUGGGUUUGAAGGAGAGAAAUCUCCAUUAGGGGAUUAUGAUGACAAGCUUCACAAGAUGGCCAGCAAUUGCCUUGCCAUUGCUUCCUUGAUCAAGUGAUCAUGAUAUAUAAAUCUUCAAUUGCUUCCAUUUUGCUUUUGUGCUCUCUUUUAAUUUGUAAAAGAGAAACAUCAAAUAUAUAUAGCUAGCAAAUUGGGAAGAGUAGAUGUAGGAAUAUGUUAAACAAGUACCAGCAUGUAUCAUUUCGAAUUACUUGUAUAGACAUAUAUAUAUACUUGGUUAUGAAAGAAUGUUAUGCGAAGACACAUAAAUUUGCAUCUUUGCAUUCAAACUAAGGAUUUUGAAUAUUUGAAUUUGUAUUAGGGAGUUUUUAUCGGCACUCUAAAAUAGUAUCUUGUAAACAUAUAAGGAAGAAAUUACAUUUGAAGGAA